AUGGAGCUGCAGGAGAUGUUUCGUUACGGAUACAUGUUCCCGCCGCGUGAGGACGAAUCGCUCGUAUCAGCCUGCGCGUAUCUGGAUCUGCCGAAUUACGCCAAGACUAGCAAGAUCGGUCUGCCGCCCGUGAGCACCCUAGCCGUGCCGCAGAGUCUCGUCUAUGACAGCAGCAAUUGCAGCGACGGUUGGCACACGCCGAGUCCCACCGCCAGUCUGCGAUCUGUCAGUCCGGCCACGACGUUGUCGAUCUCGUCGGAACCGGAGACGAUCAAUAGCGCGCCGUCGACGUAUCGGCUGCUGGGUUCGAUCGGCAAAGACAAGAGGAGCGCGACGAUGAAGAGGACCUCGUCGACGAUCGGGCUGAGCAACGUCGGGCACAAGCGGCUGCGCGUCAACGCGAUGGAUCAUCUCGUGAGCGAGGAGAUAAUCAAUCUGGACGGCGAGCGAGAUGACGCCGAGGAGACGAUCAUCCUGGACGCCGACAAGACGCAGUCCUGUCACGGCAGCGUCAUCAGCAACUCGAGCGGCGGCUUGUCCGACAGAAUGGACGGCGACAGCGAGGAGGACGCGGAGAUCAGCGAGGACGGCGUGGAUCAUCCGGAGAGCGCGCACGUCGCUUCCGGUGAUCGCGAUGCGAUCCGCAGACGGGGCAAGUACGUCAACUCGACCAUCGUCCGGAAACGUCGGCUGGCCGCAAACGCGCGCGAGAGGAGACGGAUGCAGAAUCUUAACAAGGCCUUUGACAGACUGCGCGCUUAUCUACCGUCCCUGGGAAACGAUAGACAGUUAUCGAAAUACGAGACGCUGCAGAUGGCUCAAUCCUACAUUACCGCGCUUUACGAUCUGCUGCAGUGA